AUGCAUGCAUGUAUCUUUGUAAUAGAAUGAUUUAUAUUUCUUUGGGUAUGUACCCAGUAAUGGGACUGCUGGGUAAAAUGAUAUUCUGGUUCUAGAUCUUUGAGGAAUCACCUCGUGUUCUUCCAUAAUGGUUGAACUAAUUAACGUUCUCACCAAUAGUGUAAAAGCCUUCCUAUUUCUCUGCAACCUUGCCAGCAUGUCUUGUUUCUUGACUUGUUUUUUUUUUUUUGAGAUGGAGUCUUGCUGUGUUGCCCAGGCUGGAGAGCAGUGGCACGAUCUCGGCUCACUGCAAACUCUGCCUCCCAGGUUCAAGCGAUUCUCCUGCCUCAGCCUCCCGAGUAACUUGGAUUACAGGUGUGUGCCACCAUGCAUGGUUAAUUUUUGUAUUUUUAGUAGAGGCAGGAUUUUGCCGCAUUGGCUAGGCUGGUCUCAAACUCCUGGCCUCAAGUGAUCCGCCUGCCUUGGCCUAUCAAACUGCUGGGAUUACAGGUGUGAGCCACGACAUCCAGUAGUGUUUCUUGACUUUUUAAUAAUUGCCAUUCUGACUGAUGUGAGAUGGCAUCUCAUUGUGGUUUUGAUUUGCAUUUCUCUAAUGAUCGGUGAUGUUGAGCUUUUUUUCAUACAUUUCUUGGCCACAUGAAAGUCUUCUUUUGAGAAGUGUCUGUUCAUGUCCUUUGCCCACGUUUUAAAAAAAUUUUGAGAUGGAGUCCUUCUCUGCUGCCAGGCUAGAGUGCAGUGGCGCAAUCUCAGCUCACUGCAACCUCCACCUCUCAGGUUCAAGUGAUUCUUCUGCCUCAGCUUCGUGAGUAGCUGGGACUACAGGUAUGCACCACCAUGCCCAGCUAAUUUUUGUAUUUUUAGUCGAGACAGGGUUUUACCAUGUUGGCCAGGAUGGUCUCAAUCUCUUGACAUUGUGAUCCUCCCGUGUUGGCUUCCCAAAGUGCUAGAAUUACAGGCAUGAGCCACCAUGCCCGGCCCGUUGCCCACUUUUUAAUGUUUUUUUUUCCUUAUAAAUUUGUUUAAGUUCCAUGUAGAUUCUGGAUAUUAGACCUUUGUCAGAUGGAUAGAUUGCAAAAAUUUUCUCCCACUCUGUAGGCUGCCUGUUUCCUCUGAUAAUAUUUUCUUUUGCUGUGCCGAAGCUCUUUAGUUUAAUUAGAUCUCAUUUGUCAGUUUUUGCUUUGGUUGCAAUUGCUUUUGGCAAUUUCAUCAUAAAAUCUUAGCCCAUGCCUAUGUCCUGAAUGGUACUGCCUAGAUUUUCUUUUAGGGUUUUUAUAGUUUUGAGUUUUACAUUUAAGUCUUUAAUGCAUCGUGAGUUAAUUUUUGUAUAAGGCAUAGUAAGGAAGGGGUCCAGUUUCAAUUUUCUGCAUAUGGCUAGCCAGUUCUUCCAGCACCAUUUAUUAAAUAGGGAAUCCUUUCCCCAUUGCUUUCUGUUAAAAGAAAAACUUCAGCUGAAUCAAACAAUGCUUACUGCCUUUUGUUUUUUUCCAGAAAUCAAAUCCAUCAACAUCAAAUCCACACAGAAAGAAUGAUGAUAGGCUGGCUGGAUGAGGUGGCUUAUGCCCAUAAUCCCAGCACUUUGAGAGGCCGAGAUGGAGUCUUGCUCUGUCUCCCAGACUGGAGUGCAGUGGUACAAUCUGGGCUCACUGCAACCUCUGCCUCCUCGGUGCAAGUGAUUCUCCUGCCUCAGUCCUGAGACAUCUGAAGUAUCUCUUCUGCAAGGGAAUGCAGAUAAAAGCAGCCUGCAGAAUGGUAAGUAAAUAACUGAACUCAGAUUCUACAAACCAGGCAAGAAAAUGAGCCUUUGAGCAAAAUAAAAAAGGGUAAUCCUUCAGGACAGAUGAAUUGUAAAAGGCAAUGCUUACCCACUUCCCCACCCCUAAUUGGUAAAAGGUCCUUUUCCUGAGGGGCCAGGCCUGGGCAGUCCCAUUUAAGCUGGAGAAUGGGUCAAUUCCCUAGAAGUACCUUGCAUUCAGGGUAGCAGUGACUUUUAAAAUCGUUUCUUUGCUUAAAGCCUCCAGGGAUAAAUCCCCUCUACAUAGCAGAUGGGAGAAAAUUGGGGCUGGUGCCCUUAGUGGAACUCUCUCCUCUGAUCCUAUCACCCAUGGGAGAGGUCUCCACCCCUUUCUUCCUGGUUAUUACUGAACCACCUAGUUCACCUCUUCUUUAAGUCACUUCCAAACACUGAACAGGCCUUCCCAGACCUCAUAAAGAAUCCUCACCCCCUUGUUUUUCCUUACCAAGGAGUGCUUGCAAGCACUGGUGUAUCCAUAACUAUUUUAGUUGUGUAUUCUCUGUCUUCUCCCUAGGAUGUGAGUUCUAGGAGUGCAGGCUUGAUGAUUUUUGGGUCACUUUUCUUUUCAGGCCCUGGCACAGCUCAUGGCACAUAGAAGAAUAUGUAUUUAUUGGAUUCACUGAAAAAUGAGAAUAAGUUAAGAAGCAGGACAACCUCAUUUUUAUUUAUUUUUGAGAUGGAGUUUUGCUUUUCUUGCCCAGGCUGGAGUGCAAUAGCACCAUCUCGGCUCACCACAACCUCUGCCUCCUGGGUUUGAGCAAUUCUCCUGCCUCAGCCUCCCGAGUAGGUGGGAUUACAGGCAUGUGCCACCAUGCCAGGCUAACUUUGUAUUUUUUUUUUUUUUUUGAGACAGAGUUUCGCUCUUGUUACCCAGGCUGGAGUGCAAUGGCAUGAUCUCGGCUCACUGCAACCUCCGCCUCCUGGGUUCAAGCAAUUCUCCUGCCUCAGCCUCCUGAGUAGCUGGGAUUACAAGCAUGCGCCACCAUGCCCAGCUAAUUUUUUGUAUCUUUAGUAGAGACGGGGUUUCACCAUGUUGACCAGGAUGGUCUCGAUCUCUUGACCUUGUGAUCCACCCGCCUCGGCCUCCCAAAGUGCUGGGAUUACAGGUGUGAGCCACCGCGCCCGGCCCUAACUUUGUAUUUUUAAGAGAUGGGGUGUCUUCAUGUUGGUCAGGCUGGUCUUGAACUCCUGACCUCAGGUGAUCUGCCUGCCUCAGUCUCCCAAAGUUCUGGGAUUACAGGUGUGAGCCGCCAUGCCCGGCCUUCAUUUUUAAUUUUUUAAGAGACAGAGUCUCUGUUACCAAGGCUAGAGUGCCGUGGCAUGACUAUAGUUCAUUGCAGCCUCGACCUCCUGGGCUCAAGCCUAAGCCCCUGGAGUAGAUAGGACACCAGCCACCAUGCCUGGUGAAUUUUAAAUUUUUCUCUAGAGAUGGGGAUCUUGCUGUGUUGCCCAGCUUGGUCUGGAACUCCUGGCCUCAAGCAGUCUUCCCACCUCAGCUCCCUGAGCAGCUAGGACUACAAGUGCAUGUCAUGCCUGGCUAAUUUUUAAUUUUCCUUUUUAAGAAAUGGGGGUCUUGCUGUGUUGCCCAGGCUUAUCUGGAGCUCCUGUACUCAAGCAAUCUUUCUGCCUCGACCUCUCAAUCACCUGUCGGGAUUACAGGUGUGAGCCACUGUGCCUGGUCAUAGAGAACUUCCUUUUUGACAGAAAAGUAAUCAUGAACAUGUGAGCAAUAUUUCAUUUAGAUGCCAAUGUAGAGCUAAGCAUCCCUAACUUCACUUGGUCUUUUCCUCUCACUCAACAUCUGCAGCUUGUCCAUGCCUCUCCACGGCAGCAGAAAUGGGCCAAAGCAGGAAAGGCUGACUCACUGUAGAUGCCAGAGGCUGGGAAAAUUUACAGAGCCAGAGGGGAAGUAGACACACUGGUUCUGGGGAAGGAUGGCCUGUUUACUUUUGGGAAAGGAAUGGACGAUGAGAGGGACUUCUGGAAGGCAGAGGAGGACAGGUGGGAUGGUUUCCUAAGCCUGGAGCAUCAGGUUCUGGGAGGGAAGAGGCAGGUAGUAGUGACUGAUGCCCUGGACUGAAGACUGGGAGAGCCAGGAAGGAGCCUUAAAAUUGGCACCUCCAGAGAGAAAGACCAGUGGUGGGAUUGACCUUGGGCUGACAACUGACAGGCAGCAUGCGGUGGAGUUUCAGGAAGUCAGAGGUCUGGCAUGCCAGCAACAAACUCAUGAUGGCUGAUGGAAGGGCCCAGCCUAGACGGGGAAGCAGAGGAGCUAGGGCUGGAGUCCAUGUGAAGUGGAAUAAGCUUCUGUGGGAGCCAGGAGGUUGUAUUUCCUGUGUGUAUGUGUUGGGGGCGGGUGUGGAGGUGGGGGUGUGCCCAGAGAGAAACUAUGGAUUGGGCCCAGGCGGGCCAGUUUGAGUGUUUGGCAUCCAAGGUGUUUUAAGAUGGCAUUGAGGCCAGACGUGGUGGCUCAGGCCUGUAAUCCCAGCACUCUGAGAGGCCAAGGCAGGCAGAUCACCUGAGGUCAGGAGUUUGAGACCAGCCUGGCCAACAGGGUGAAACUUAGUCUCAUUACUAAAAAUAAUAAUUAAAAAAAAUUAGCUGUGUGUGGUGGUGCGUGCCUGUAAUCCCAGUUACUCAGGAGGCUGAGGCAGGAGAAUCGCUUGAACCUGGGAGGCAGAGGUUGCAGUGAGCUGAUAUCGCCCCACUGCACUCCAGCCUGGGCGACACAGUGAGAUAAAAACAAGAUGGCAUUGAGAUCAAUAAAGUAGUCUAGAAACCAGGAAGCUUUUUGCAAAGAGCAAACGCCUUUUGUUAUCCUCACGGAUAAGUAUUAAGCUUUCCCUCACAGACAGGACUACAAGCUCCAGAGGGGAUCUGAGAGGAAUGUGAAUUGCUCUUCACCUUUGUAAGGGGCAGAAGACCGGAUUUUCAAAUUUAAAACAAUCAUCCUGUUUCUGGAAUCAGAAAUCAGUUUAGAGAUUUACAAACGUAUUUUUUUUUUUUUUAAUCUGUCUUCCUGGGGGAUUUGGGAAGGGCGGACUUCACCUAACACCCAGUAUACGCCACGCCAAGCCACCGAAGCCAGAGAUGUGUGUGUGUCUGGGGUCACAGACGUGUAUUCGCUCAGCAAGGCCGGCCUUAGACGCAAACGCCAGCACCGCCACCCUGUCGCCCGCUGAGAGGAUCUGGCCGCCAACGCCGGAGCGGGGGAAGGCGGGGGGACAACAAAAAACCCCAGCAUAAUGGACAUCCCCAGUGACGGUUGGGUUUUUUCCCCCCCCAGUCAGCCGAGAAAACAAGUGCUCCACUUCCCCGGAAAUGAGAUGCACAGGGGUAUUCAUUCCAUCCCGCUGCUGGGAAGCCCCUGUGGAAAGGAAUCUGGCUGCCUGUGCGGCCUGGAUCCCAGAAAUCCAAAAAGAACGUCCCCUGAGGCCACAGCUUGCUCCUCCAUGUGACCAGCCCCUGGGCUGGUGGCCACCGUGGACGCGCCCGGCGCCCCUCUCCCGGCUCCCUUCGGGUUCCGCGGAGCCCGCGGCGCGCGGCCCGACCAGGUGCACCCGGCACGGCCCUGCCAACAGCGCGCGCCUCCAGCCGCCGGGCACAGGCGGCCACGCAGGCGAGAUUUACGGUGGCGCUGGGCGGCGGCUUCCGGGGCCGGUCGGCGCCCAGGCUCCGAUUACAGGUUCACACCGGGGGCCCGGCCCGCGGCCGCCCAGCCCCCGCCGGCGCGCCCUCGCGCGGCCCGGCUCCCCGCCCGCCUAUUCUUCUCCAUUCAUGCGGACGCCCAGCGCCGCCGCCGCCGCCGCCGCCGCCAGCGCGGCCGCCGUCGCCGUCGCCGGCCGCCCCGAUUGGCUGGCGGCCGCGGCGCCAGCACUUUCCCACGGCCCGCGGCGCGUGCGGCUCACCGGAGGCGCUGCAGGCGCGGCCCUGGCGCGCGGCCAGGCCAAUCGCGGCGCGCGGGGCGGGGAGGGGCCGCGGCCGCCGGCGGGCUUGUGUCCUGGCCCGGCCUCCCGCGCCUCCCCGCCGCCCGCGCCUCCUCCUUCCCCAGAGUGCAAGCCCGGCGGAGCCCCUGCGGAGCCGACGCACAGCCGCCGGGCAGGGGUGGGCGCGGAGGGCGGGGGCGCGGUCCGCUCGCGCCCUCCGCCUCUCUCCCGCCCCAUUCCCGGAGCGGCUGUCAAUCAGCGGCGCGAGAAGCCGGAUUGGCCGGGGGGCGGUUGUUGCCCUGGAGCUGCCGCCCCGCCUUCCCGCCCCCUCGCCCGCCUUCCCCACUCCCUCGCCCUCCCCAGGGCCCUGGGAAGGGGUUUAGCGUGGGAAAGGAUGGUUGAGUUUUAA